UACGAAGAAGAAAAGAGACGUUUCAUUUCCGCAUGCGCACUCGGUCUCUUUCUUUUUCGACGUUGGAGGGAGAAAGAUAAGAUGGGUCACCAGCAAAUUUAUUGGAGUCACCCACGGAAAUUCGGGCAGGGAUCAAGAUCCUGCCGCGUUUGCUCUAACCGACACGGUUUGAUCCGAAAGUACGGUCUGAAUAUGUGUCGUCAGUGCUUCCGACAAUACGCAAACGACAUCGGCUUUGUAAAGCUUGAUUGAUUGUGCCGAGGAGUUGGAUGGAAGAGACCCCAACAGUCUUCGAAGAUUGGACUUGGUUGCAUUGCAAAAUUGCUGAAUAAAAAAUAAAUGCUUUUGCAGUCUGAACCUA